AUGGGUGGGAACAAACAUCAUGAAUAUUAUUUCGGUAAUUUACCAAAAUCUGCCUCGGUCGAAGAUUUCCGAAGUUUUCUGAGCGAUUACGGAAAGAUAUACAAUUUCGAAUACCGACUGCACAAGUGCACCUAUUGCCCAACGAAGUUUGCAUUCAUACAGUUCACUGAAAAACUUGAUGAUGAGAUGGUUCAAAAAUUAAACGAGACCACUUUUCAGCAAAAGCGACUAUUUGUCACUAGUACGAAGUCAGAAAAGUUCUUCACUCCGCUGCAGUCAGUUGUGGUUCGAUAUCUUAACGAGCACAUCACAGAGGAGGAUCUGUACGACUAUUUCGACGAUGUCGGUACCAUUGAAUGCGUGCAAAAACCUUCGCAUAACUAUGCAUAUGUGGCGUUUAAGGAUAAUGCCUCCAUCAAGCGCGCAUUGGAGAUGAAGAAGACGCUCAAAGGCAUUGAACCGUACGUAGUGGAAGUAAGGCGAAGAAUUAGCAUGUUUCUGGAGCAGAAAAAAACGGUGGCAUAUGUGCAGAUGAAGGAAAAAUGCGACAAAUUGGAUCUAGUUUAUGAUCCGGCAGCUGAACAUGAAACUACUUUGCUAGUGACCAACAUCCCUAGAGACACUGAGGAAGAUGAUGUUAUAGAGUUUUUGGGCAGGUUUGGGAAGAUUAUUGACUGGUCAAUGAACAAAUCGGCCACCUGUGUAAUGUCGAAUAUUGCAUACGUGACCUACCAGCACCCGAAGAUGGCUCGUACAGCAUUCCUGAACGGGCCUUUAAAUUUCCAGGGCUUUGGAAUGGAAGUUUACAACAGACUACUGGGGUACACCUCGAAUGAUUCGGACAAAACCGUCAUCAUUCGGCGUACUAGUGUGUAUUUAACUAACGACGAGAUAUUUGAAUCAUUUUCUGAACAUGGACUUGUUGAGUAUAUACAACGAAUAGAUUCCAAUAAUUACAAUACUAUAGUUCGCCUAGGUACGGCAAUUGCGGCAACUAGAGUAUUGGACACCCGUCAUAUUGCUGGCGAAGAGGUGGUGAUCCGAAUGUACACAGCAAAACAGUACGUUAGUCCCACGUGUACUCCUCAUUAUGCGGACACACGGGUGCCACCGAAGAGGUCGCGCAAAGAAUCCAUUCUCAUGCACAUUAGCGAUGUAGAAGAACGUAAGAACAUGUCACUACUGCCCACAACUUUCAACCAGCAGUACUUCAAUCCAAAUCCACAGUACUAUCGGAACGAAGUCCAGAUUUGGAAUUAUGCUCCGAAGCAGGGUUUGGUAGAAUUUAGAGAAUAUUUCAAAAAGUAUGGAACCGUUAUCAAUAUGCGAGAGCAGAAGGAACACAACACAUCCCCGAUUGGUGUCGUUUACCUUAGCUUUGAAACUAAGCUGGAAGCGAAACGGGUUUGCAAACUAAAUCAUUCGUUCAUGUGCUCUAGACGGCUAUUGAUUAUGAUGGCCGAUGAGUGUAUUGCUUAUGAUUCGACCUUGUGCGUUAAAGUUGCCCAACUUACGGAUGAAAUUACCGAUGAAGAUAUUUACGAUAGGUUCACCAUGAUAGGAGAUGUGAAAUAUAUAUUUCGGCCCAAGCGCAACGAAGCAAUCGUUUGCAUGGCCAAGGAAAAAUGGCGAGCACGUGCAAUGAAAGUGAUGUGUGUUGGUCGUUUUCCUGUUGUUGUAACGUCUCUGAGAAGUUCCAACAAUGCACAACAGCAGCCUGUUGUCUCGGGAAUGACACAAUACCCUGCUCCUAGCCCGAACAUGGGAGCCAGAACUGUACCGGUACCAGUCAAUAAUCAAUGGUAUGGAGCUGCGCCCAACUUUGGGCCAAUGGGGCCAAUGCCAAUGGGGCCUAUGCCAAUGGGACCUAUGCCAACGGGACCAAUGCCAAUGGGACCGAUGGGUUUGGGUCCCGGAAGCUGGAUGUCAGACCCAAUACGCUCCCAUAUGCCCAUGCCAAUGUCGGCUGGAAUGAUGAGACCGGCCGGACCACCAAUGCCAAUGGGGCCUGCUCAAAGGGGUAAUCAAGAGAUAAGCCCACGCAUGCGAGGUCUUAUGCAAACCGUGGAAGCGCAGAUGAUGAAGUGUAAAAAUUUCACUACACUGCCCAUGAUGGACCAAUUUAAUUUGGUUCGUGACAUCGUAAAUCAGUGUAUAAGCUUUCCAUACUUUUUGUCAAUGAACGGUGAUGAAAAAGUUCGCUACCUUAAAAACGAACCGACUGGUUUUCGACAGUUGAACAUUUUUACGCUCUUCACGUACCCGGAGCAGCUGCAGAUGCUAUCCAUCAUUGAAGCCUACUACCGUAGCACAAGUGAACCGGGGAGUCUUCCGCCACCGACCGAUAGUGCAAACAUGAAGGAAUCUGCUGGAGUGCAACCUAACACAACGGUAGUGCAGCCCAUUGACUCUAAGGAGAGGACAACCACAACAGCAGUAUCGACUGUCACGGAAAUUCAGCAACCAGUACCAAGCGAUAAGGAUGUCGACGAGGACGACGACUCCAUACCACCCGCACCAUCACCACCACCCUUAUCAUUUCACUCUAGAUCCCCAUCGCCGAACGGUGACGAUAUGUGGGUUUCUUCCGGCGGUUCAAUUAACGGUUCAGUUCAACAAAAGCUGAUCGAAAGUUUUGCAGCAAAUAGUACUAAAAAGAAGCGUUCAACAAAUCAGAUAGAUCCCAUUUGUAGCCAGUUAGAAAAACCAUUGGUGCAGGUAGCCAAUCUUCCGAAACAGAUUACCAAGAGUGAAAUUGAGGAACUGUUUAGUCAGCACGGCAGAAUUAAAAUAGUAACUUAUGCAAAAUCGGAGUGUCCCGAUACGAACACCAUGAUCAUUAUCUUUGAAACCAUGUACCAAGCAUAUAUGUCUUUGCAACUAAAUUUAACGAAGCUGCAGGGACGACUGAUUCGAGUUAAUAUCCAUGGCACUAGCUACAUACCAAGUUCGAAAUGUGGCGUAAGCGUUAAUUGUAAUGGUCCAUAUUCGGAACUCGCCGUAUUCGACACGUUCAAGUCUUGUGGAAAAAUUCUUUACCUUAAGACAGAAGGUCAGCCGGGAAAUGAGAUUUGCGUGAUGGAGUUUGAGAAGCAAACUUCCGCGCAAGCCGCUCUCAAGAUAACUUACCUGCACAACGGAAAUCGUUGCAAAGCCAAACCCCAUGCCUUCACAUCUUAG